GAUUGUCUUCUUUGUUUGAUAUUUUAAAUGUCUGUGUUUCAUAAAUAAUGAAUUAAUGUUGACUAAUAUAAUACUGGUUAAUUCUAAAUCAAUGUGUACAUAGCCAUCAUCAGAUAAUCAUAAUGACAUACAUGUAAAGCACUGUUCUAUCCAUAUGCAUUGUCUACUUGAUGUUGCUCUUUAUUCUUUCAAUCACUUUGGUAUCCAGUCAUUCGUUUCCAUUCACUCUCUUGUGCAAGAAGUGGUUGCUUUGUGUCCUAGUUAGUUCAAGUCACGCACAGUCAAACCUGAGAACCUUACGGUUGUAAACGCGUCAAAUGGUACCUUAGAUGUCGAUGAAGGACAACUAAUUGACAUCAUUUGCAAUGCCGAUGGAUACCCAGAUCSUUAUUUUCUCUGGCAGAAGAGUGACCAAAUGAUACAGAGCUCAAAUAAUAAAAACAAUACAAUCACUAUCAGAAAUGCUACUUCGAAUGAUGCUGGGCUGUAUACAUGUACUGCAGUUAAUUUGGUGGGAAAUGAAAGCAUCAGUGUUACAUUACGUGUUAAAUACAUUGGCAAUGCAGUUUGUGCUGUUCCUGCUUCAGCCAACGAGGGCGACGUUAUGGCUUUGAAUUGUUCAGCAGAUGGUUAUCCAGCUGUAAACUAUACAUGGACUACUCCAGGCAAAGUACAUGAAGGACCAACCGCGAGUAUAACAGCCACUCCCGAUCUGAAUGGUGUGACAGUAAAAUGCAAAGCCACAAAUACAUUUGAAAUGAGCACAUGCACCGAAUCCCUAACAGUGUACUACAAGCCACGUAAUGUAACAGUGUCUCCAUCACGACUGGUACUGAAUGAAACAGAAACAUUGACUUUGACCUGUGAUGCAUCAGCUAAUCCUGCUGGAAACUACUCGUGGUCGUUGAAUGGCAAGAUUCUGGAAGGGAAAACUAACCGUGUGUUGACUAAACACAAUAUCACAGCACAAGAUGCUGGUGACUACAUCUGUACAGUUACGAAUACCCUUGGUGCUGAUACAAGUAACAAAGCCGUUAUUGAUGUUCGAUUCAUUGGCAAUGCAGUUUGUGCUGUUCCUUCUUCAGCCAACGAGGGCAACACUAUGGUUUUGAAUUGUUCAGCAGAUGGUUAUCCAGCUGUAAACUAUACAUGGACUACAACAGGCAAAGUAUAUCAAGGACCAACCGCGAGUAUUCCAGCCACUCCUGAUCUGAAUGGUGUGACAGUAACAUGCAAAGCUACAAAUACAUUUGAAAUCAGCACUUGCACCAGAUCACUGACAGUGAACUAUAAGCCACGUAAUGUAACAGUGUCUCCAUCGCGACUGGUACUGAAUGAAACAGAAACAUUGAAUCUCACCUGUGAUGCAUCAGCUAAUCCUGCUGGAAAUUACUCGUGGUCGCUGAAUGGCAAGAUUCUGGAUGGGGAAAGUAACCGUGUGCUGACUAAAGACAAUGUCACAGUACAAGAUGCUGGUGAAUAUAUCUGUACAGUUACGAAUAUCCUUGGUGAUGAUACAAGUAACAAAGCCGUUGUUUAUGUUCGAUACAUUAGGAAUGCAGUUUGUACUGCUCCUGCUUCAGCCAACGAGGGCGAUGCUAUGGUUUUGAAUUGCUCAACAGUUGGUUAUCCUGCUGUAAGCUAUACAUGGACUACACUAGACAAAGUACAUCAAGGACCAACCGCGAGUAUUCCAGCCACUCCUGAUCUGAAUGGUGUGACAGUAACAUGCAAAGCUACAAAUAAAUUCGAAACUAGAACAUGUUCCAGAUCAGUGACAGUGUAUUACAAACCACGUAAUGUUACAGUGUCUCCAUCACGCCGACUGGUACUGAAUGAAUCUGAAACAUUGAAUCUCACCUGUGAUGCAUCAGCUAAUCCUGCUGGAAAUUACUCGUGGUCGCUGAAUGGCAAGAUUCUGGAAGGGAAAACUAACCGUGUGCUGACUAAACACAAUAUCACAGCACAAGAUGCUGGAGAAUAUAUUUGUAAAGUUAACAACACCCUUGGUGCUGAUACAAGUGGCAAAGCCGUUGUUGAUGUCCCACACAUAGGAGCUGCAAGUUGUACGGCAAACCCUGAUCCUGUGCUAGAUGGCAAUAAUAUCACCUUAAAGUGUUCAGCUUCUGGUUAUCCAGCUGUUAACUAUAACUUGACUGUUAGAAACUUAGAAGUUUCUGAAAAUGUAAUAACUUUCAAGGCAGAACCCAGUCUUAAUGGUGCCGUUAUGACAUGUAAAGCUGUUAAUGAGUUUGGAACCAGGAAUUGCACGAAAACAGUAACAGUGUACUAUAAGCCAUACAACAUCCAAGUGUCACCAACAAGUGUUGUUUUGAACGAAAAAGAAUCAUUUAAUCUCAUUUGUAACGCGUCCGCUAAUCCUCCUGGCGAGUACUCCUGGUCAUUUAAUGGAAAUGUUUUGGAUGGUGAAACCGAUAAAGUAUUAGCCAAACCCGGCAUAACACGUGAUGAGGCUGGAGAGUAUAGGUGUACGGUUACUAACAAUGUUGGUAGUGGUGCAAGUAAUAUUUCUGUGGUUAAAGUUCGAUAUUUGGAAGAGUGCAUGACUAACUACACGCUGACCAAUAAGCAGAAUCUUACCUUAUCACCGAAAGGUUUUCCUGAACCAAUUCUUAACUGUGCAAAGGGUAAUUUCAAUCUGACAGGAAGUAACACUUUAUCAACAACGGAAGGCAACGACAUUUGUACAAUUUCCAAUGCUGCUGGAAAAUGCCAAUUUGAAUACCAAGUAGUGAUUCAGGUUGCAGUAUAUAAUUAUAGCGCCACAUUUCGCUUGCCAAACCGUGAAUUCCAAGAGGAUUUGGACGACAAAACCUCCACGGCUUACAAGAAACUGAAAGAAGAAAUUAAGAAAGUGCUUAAGUCGGUGUAUAAAGGUUACAAAAUUGUCAUCGGAAUAUUUAUUACUGCAUUUUGGGAGGGAAGCGUCAAUGUAGAUUUCAACCUCGAAUUGGUUGCGAACGUGAGUGAUCCUUUGUCACCGUUGAAAAAUGCCGUGACAAACGCUGGAGGCAAUCUGAGUGGACUGGUAAUAGACCCUAGUAGUAUUCAAACAGGUACAACACCUACACCAACAAUACCAACAACGACAAAGGAAGACAUCACUGAUUCAGACGGUCUCAGUACAGAAGCUAAAAUCGCAAUCGGUGUUGCGGUCCCUAUUGUUGUCAUCUUAAUCAUUGUACUGGUAUGUUGCUGCUGGUACAAGAAGAAGGAAAAAAAGGGGGAGGAAAAUAUUUCUCUCGAAGAAGGGAGUCCCUACCGCCCAGUGAAUGGUGAAGAGAACCUAGGAUUAUCCGAAUCUCAGACAUCCUAUGCCCAGUCUGGUCCAAAAUCUGAUCAUAAUGGCCAACCAACCAACAACAACCCAGACACAGGCGAUGGAACGGCUACAUAUGCAGCAGUGGACAUGUCUAAGAAGAAAAAGAAGAAGCAAGAAGGAGAAGUACUUUAUGCAGAUUUAGAUUCAAUGCGACCUGGCAAUAACAAGGGAACUGAACUGCAGCCGAUGUCUUCAAGUGGAAACAUUCCUGAGAAGAGAGAAAGUGAUUAUGCUUCCAUCGAUUUUUUCAAAACACAAAAGCAAGGUGA